CCUCCAGCUGCCGAGGUUGCCGCACAGCUGGAGCCACGUCGGUCACCUGUGCGGCGCCGUUGCCCUUGUGCUCCCACUGCCCGGCCCGCGGCCAGCGGACUUUGCGGAGGGCGCCCGGCGUAGGCAGCGGCGGGUGUGGGCCGUGCGGGUAUUUAUAGCUCGGUGACAGCAGCGGCGACAGAGAAUCGCCGGCCUGUCUCGCCGCUCUGCCCAGUGAGGCCGCCGGCGCGGCGGACAGCUGUGCAACGCCGUGUCCCCAGUGUGCAGACGCCCCGAGCCCGCGCUGCCCCAUCGGGUAAACUACGGAAUUGAAGUUUUGAAGGAUGGGUAAAGACUUUCGUUAUUAUUUCCAGCAUCCCUGGUCUCGCAUGAUUGUGGCUUAUUUGGUCAUCUUCUUUAAUUUCUUAAUAUUUGCGGAGGACCCAGUUUCUCAUAGCCAAACAGAAGCCAAUGUUAUUGUUGUUGGAAACUGUUUUUCAUUUGUAACAAAUAAAUACCCUAGAGGAGUUGGCUGGAGGCUUCUGAAGGUGCUUCUGUGGCUACUCGCCAUUCUCACAGGACUAAUAGCUGGCAAAUUUCUGUUUCAUCAGCGUUUAUUCGGUCAGUUGCUCCGGUUGAAAAUGUUUCGAGAGGAUCAUGGGUCAUGGAUGACAAUGUUCUUCAGCACAAUUCUCUUUCUCUUCAUAUUUUCUCACAUUUACAACACCAUUCUUCUAAUGGAUGGGAACAUGGGAGCUUAUAUCAUUACAGACUAUAUGGGCAUCCGAAAUGAAAGUUUCAUGAAAUUAGCUGCUGUAGGGACCUGGAUGGGGGACUUUGUCACAGCUUGGAUGGUCACUGAUAUGAUGCUUCAGGACAAACCCUAUCCUGAUUGGGGAAAAUCUGCAAGAGCUUUCUGGAAGAAAGGAAAUGUUAGGAUCAUUUUAUUCUGGACGGUUCUUUUCACUCUGACUUCUGUUGUUGUACUUGUCAUUACAACUGACUGGAUCAGCUGGGACAAAUUGAAUCGGGGUUUUCUGCCUAGUGAUGAAGUUUCUAGAGCAUUCCUGGCUUCUUUCAUCUUGGUCUUUGACCUCCUUAUUGUAAUGCAGGACUGGGAAUUCCCACAUUUCAUGGGAGAUGUCGAUGUAAAUCUCCCUGGGUUGCACACUCCUCAUAUGCAAUUCAAGAUCCCUUUCUUCCAGAAGAUCUUCAAGGAAGAAUAUCAUAUUCACAUAACAGGUAAAUGGUUUAACUAUGGAAUUAUCUUUCUUGUCUUGAUUUUGGACCUUAAUAUGUGGAAGAACCAGAUAUUUUAUAAACCUCAUGAAUAUGGACAAUAUAUUGGCCCAGGGCAGAAGAUAUAUACAGUGAAAGACUCAGAAAGUUUAAAGGAUUUGAACAGAACCAAGCUAUCUUGGGAAUGGAGGUCCAAUCACACUAACCCCCGGACUAAUAAAACGUAUGUUGAGGGAGACCUGUUCUUACAUAGCAGGUUUACAGGGGCUAGUCUUGAUGUCAAGUGCCUGGCUUUUGUUCCAAGUUUGAUAGCGUUUGUGUGGUUUGGAUUCUUCAUUUGGUUCUUUGGACGAUUUUUGAAAAAUGAACAAGGCAUGGAGAAUCAGGACAAAACUUACACGCGCAUGAAAAGAAAAUCCCCAUCAGAACAUAGCAAAGACAUGGGAAUCACUCGAGAAAACACCCAGGCCUCAGUGGAAGACCCGCUGAAUGACCCCCCUUCAGUUUGCAUCAGGUCUGACUUCAAUGAGAUUGUCUACAAGUCCUCCCACCUAACGUCGGAAAACUUGAGCUCGCACUUGAAUGAGUCUACCAGCGCAACAGAAGCUGACCCAGACCCAAUGACUUCUAAAAGUACACCUACGAACUAGAUUCACUUACUCGGAGAUAGCACAAAAAGCAACCUUGAGUGUAACUUUAAAAAGUUAGUCUUUCUUUUUGUAAAUGUAAGGUUUACUUAGUGUUAGGUAAAGAAAUACAAACAAUGCCACAACGGUGCUCAACAUGCUUUUUCUAGGACUCAUUGUUUUCUAUUUGUAUUAUGAUACACGUGCCUACUGUAUAUCUAACAGUCCUCUAGAGAUUGCUUUUCACAAUUGCGCAAGCUAUUUAUUGACUUUACAGCAUAGUACAAGAUUAGCUGAUUAUCUGUGUAUCUGAUGUUCAACCAUAGUGGUGCCUUGAGACAUUAAACUGUUUUUAACUGUACCAGAAACUGAGUGUGAAAUAGUUCUCUAAUCUACUUCACAUUGGUUUUGUUUUGUUUUGUUUUGUUUUUUGUAUACAAUUAUUUUAAUCUAUACUUAAUGUCUGAGCAAGAAACAGAUGUAGCUUAGAUGUGGCUCAGAAAGUAUCUCUUGGUUUCUUAUUCAGUAGCGAAGUUGGUGACUUUGAAAGCUAGACUGCAGAGAUGCAUGGUGAUUACUUUUGAAUAUUUAUUGGCUGUCCGCCAAAUACAAAUACAGAUACAAAAUUCUGUAACAGGAGAAUGAUAAUCCAGCAUAGGUCACUACUUGUGAAGUGUGACUUUCUCCAGCCAGUAAUUGCAAUUAGAUGAUAAUACCUAAUUAUGUUUUCCUAAUUAAACAUAAAUUGCUACUUGAUUAAAAAUCCUGCCCUUCACCUUUGGGAACAAAGGUUAAGAGACACAGUUGGGUAAACUCUCAAAUUUUUUGGCAUUUACACAAAGCCCUAGAAAACCAAGGAACUGAAGUUUUAAUCAUGUGAGGGUUGCACAGCCUCCCAUCUACAAUAUUUGUACAUCUUUCUGUAAAUAUGGCUCUGGACAGUGAAAAUUGAAAAACAUAUGCCAACUUUGAGCAAGGGAACUCUUCUAAAAGUCAUGCAGUGGAUCUCGUGAGGUGGGAAAGGAUGCGUGAAAGAAUCUGUUUAGUGGCUUGUUUUAUGUGCUUUUUUUUUUUUAAGAAUUAAACAUCUCACAUUAAUAAAUAAGAAAAUUAUACAUCAGUAA